UUGGCUCUGCGUUUUGAAUUCGGUGCGACGGACAAUGCUUUAAUUAAGAUGGACUUAAUGUUUAGACUCGUUUCAUAAUAUUGUUUUAACUUCUCGGAAAAGUUUUCCUUUCGGAGCCGAACGGAAGAAGACCCGCGUUUACUGCUGAGUGAUAACUUUGCUUUGUCUCGCUUGGGAAGUUAGUAGCAGAGUCUAAACUAGAAAGUGUGCUUGUGAUUGGUAGCUAAACUGGUUAGCUUAGCUUAGCUUUUAGCUGGUCAGCCAGCCAGCUGAACAUCAACCCCUUUACAACAUCCGCCUGGAGUUGAGCUCUCGAAUCGGGUCGUGACGCCAUGGCCGACAGCACUUUGGGGAUGGGCCGUAGCUUGCUGGUGGACUCGUCUGUCUUUGAUUCAAGAAUGGCCGAGACCUCCAAGGAGCACACUUUCCUCGGCCUGACCUCAGACGAUGCAGAGGAAAUGCUGCAGCGAGUGGAGACCAGGGUUGUACUGGUGGGGGAAGCGGGCUGCGACACUGCACUCAUAAAGGCGCUUGAGGCCAUCCGAAUAAUGGAAGUCCCGGUGGUCAAGAUUAAAGAAGGUCACCCGGGGUCAGAGUCGGGCGAGAAAUUAAUAAAAUCUAUAGUCAACAUGGAUAUAAACGUCCCCUGUAUAAAGACAGACAAUGUCAGAGAGUUUGGGGAUGGAGAAAACGCUGAGUACGAGACAGUCUUUGUACUGAAGGACUUCCAGUCUCCUGACUACAGCUAUUUAUACAAAAAUGACAACCGCAUUUUGGGCCCCCCUGUGGUACUGCAUUGUGCCAGGAAGCGAGAGCCGCUGCCAUUCUCAUCCCGUCCUCUCUACUCCACCACCAUGCUCAACUUGUCGCUCUGUUUCACUGGCUUCCGCAAAAAAGAGGAAGUGGUAAACCUAGUUAACUUGGUGCAUCAUAUGGGCGGGAUCAUCCGUAAGGACUUCAGCGCUAAAGUCACCCACCUCAUUGCCCAUUCCACUCACGGGGAGAAAUAUAGGUUGGCUGUGUGCAUGGGUACACCCAUUCUCACUCCAGACUGGAUCCAUAAGGCCUGGGAGCACAAGGAUAACGUCAAUUUCCACGCAGGCGAAGAGGAGUUCCGUAUGGCCUUCAAAGUGCCACCGUUUCAGGACUGCGUUCUGAGCUUUUUGGGAUUCUCUGAGGAGGAAAAAAGCAAUAUGGAGGAAAGGACGCUGAAGCACGGUGGCCACUUUCUGGAGGUCGGAGAUGAGAAGUGCACUCACCUGGUGGUGGAGGAGAACUCCAUUAAAGAGCUGCCCUUUGUGCCAUCGAAGAGACUGUAUGUUGUUAAACAGGAGUGGUUCUGGGGCAGUAUCCAGAUGGAUGCUCGAGCUGGGGAAUCGAUGUAUUCAUAUGAGAAGUCGGAGAGCCCGGCGAUGAAGAAGGCCGUGUCCCUUCUUUCUCUCACGACGCCCACGAGUAAUCGGAAGCGGCGGCGUCUGCGUGACACUCUGGCCCAACUCGCUAAAGAGACUGAGAUCUCGCCCUUCCCCCCUCGCAAGAGGCCCUCAGCAGAGCACUCGCUCUCCAUGGGCUCACUGCUGGACAUCUCCAACACUCCAGACACAUGCAAGUCCUUGGCAGAGCGUAGCGUGGAAGACAGGCAUAGACAUAAGAAGCCUGUGAAGAGAAGGCGAGAGAGGGAGAAGCAGAGGAGGAGUAGGACAGGCAGAGAAUGGCCCUUUCACUGUACCAGCACCCCACAGCAAGUCCCAGAGCAGGGCACACACCCUGAGCACUUGGAGCUUUCAUGCAACUCCUCUCCAGAGUCCAGAGAGAACUCCAAACCCUCCAAAAGCUCCACACCUGUUUUGCCCAAGCAGUCGGCAAGAUGGCAGGUGUCCAAGGAACUCUACCAGACUGAGAGCAACUAUGUGGAUAUCCUGGCUACAGUCCUGCAGCUUUUCAAGUAUCCACUGGAGAAAGAAGGGCAGGUCGGAGGCCCCAUCCUGGCUCAAGAAGAGAUUAAGACCAUCUUUGGCAGCAUCCCAGACAUUUAUGAAGUGCACACCAGGAUAAAGGCGGACCUGGAAGAGCUGGUGAUGAACUGGUCAGAAGACAAGAGUGUUGGUGACAUCAUUCUGAAAUAUUCCGGAGAGCUGGUGAAAGCUUACCCGCCUUUCGUCAACUUCUUUGAGAUGAGCAAGGAGACGAUUGUGAGGUGUGAGAAGCAGAAGCCCAGGUUUCACGCAUUCCUAAAGAUCAAUCAGGCUAAACCUGAGUGUGGGCGGCAGACGCUGGUGGAACUGAUGAUACGUCCUGUUCAGAGACUGCCUAGCGUGGCUCUCUUACUCAAUGAUAUUAAAAAGCAUACCUCUGAUGAUAAUCCUGAUAAAGUCACCCUGGAAAAGGCCAUAGAAUCCCUCAAAGAAGUUAUGACCCAUAUAAAUGAAGAUAAGAGAAAGACCGAAGGCCAGAAGCAAAUCUUUGACGUGGUUUACGAAGUGGAUGGCUGCCCUGCCAAUCUUUUGUCUUCUCAUCGGAGUCUGGUGCACAGAGUGGAGACCAUUGCUUUAGGAGACAAGCCGUGUGACCGAGGCGAAAACGUCACUCUGUUUCUCUUCAACGACUGCCUGGAGAUUGCCAGGAAGAGGCAUAAGGUGAUCAGCACCUUUAAGAGUCCUCUGGGGCAAACACGGCCACCUGCUCAACUCAAGCACAUCACCCUCAUGCCCCUGUCUCAGAUCCGCAGGGUGCUGGACCUACGCGACACAGAAGACUGUCAGAACGCCUUUGCCCUGGUUGUGCGGCCUCCUACCGAGCAGGAGAACCUCCUGUUUAGUUUCCAGCUUGCUGCUGAGGACACACUCAAGUCGACCUGGCUCAAGACUCUCUGCCGUCAAGUGGCAAACACCAUCUGCAGAGCCGACGCGGAAGACCUAAUUCAGUGUACAGAUCCUGACACCCUUCAAGUGAGCACGAAGGACAUGGACAGCACGCUGAGUCGAGCCUCCAGGGCAAUCAAAAAGACAUCAAAGAAGGUAACCAGGGCGUUCUCUUUUACCAAAACCCCCAAGCGUGUGAUCCAGAGAGCUUUCAUGGCCAGCAGUACCCCAGAUGAUAAGAGCCCUGGCACAGGCCUUGAUCAUAUGACUCGAAUGUCUAGCAGCUCCACACUGGCUGCUAUGCACUCGCCAUCGAUGGUCAAUCUGUCGUCUGUGUUCGAGAGGAAGUACCACACCUUUACCCGGUCAACCACUCACCUGAUCUGAUGUGUAGGAGUUAACCCGUUUCCUCACUCUGAUUAAACUAUACUAAAGAACUUCCACAUGGUGGUACAGUGCUGCUCAGAUCACUGCUCUCUGACUUCCAAAUGAAGGAUCAUUCUUGUAAUUUGUGUGUUUUCUUGUUACUAAUGUCAUAUAUUCUGCACUUUUUCACCUAACGGAGAAAUAUUAAUAACUGACUUUUAUUAUUUUAGAUAUAGUUUCACAUUAUUAACCAAUGAACGUAUUUCUUAAUGUUAUAUAGGGAAGCCUAUCUCAGCCAUUUAACUUUUUUCAGCUUUCAUAAAGCUACAAUGUACUUUUAAAUAUAAAUGGGUGACGAUUAGAAAAACGAUGGUAAGUCAUUGUAGUAAAUUGUUGCUCAAGUUUCACAUAUUGUAGAAGUCUGUGGGGAUUUUUUUUUUUUUUUUUUUUUUAAUUUUUUAAUACGGACCUGAUCAUUUGUUUUGAACAGGCAAAAAAGUGGAAAUGUGUAGUGUGCAUAUUUAUUCUCUAGAAUAAAACGUCUCUAUAUAUAGUAUAUGUCAAGCUGAUGACUUUUUCCUUUGUAUUUAUGUGUAAAUACGGUCUCUUUUUCGUUUGUGGUAGUGUCCUUUCCUCUGAUUGCGUUUUUUUUAUGUUUAUUGAAUGUCAUGUUUUAACUGUAAUGACCUUCUCAAACCCCUUACAAACAGUUACCCAUAUUUUAUACAAAACCUCCUUUUCUUUUUCUUCCUGUAUUGAAGUUGUCUGUCAUCUUUGUAAAUGGUCAGUAAUGAUUUUUGAGGAAUCGCUUUUAUGUUUGACACUUCAUUUACUUGUUUCCAAUAAAAGAUGGAUGUAGCUGAUGAAUGGGCAGCACUUCUGGGAUUGGAAACAGAGUUUUGCAAACAGCUGUCAAGAUGUUUAGUGCCAUUUAUUAUUUAUUUAUUUUUUCCCCCCCUGGCCAAACCUUUUAGAACAUCCAGCCGUCUCUAAAGCUUUU